CCGGGGCGGAGCCCAACGACCAAGUCCACGGAUCGCAGGACUGAGACCCCGCAGCCAGCUCUCGCCAUGAAGCGGCCCAGGGCGCCCAGUGGCUCCGAUGGAGAGUCUGAUGGACCCAUUGACGUGGGUCGGGAGAGCGACCUCAGAUGUGGCUGGAACAAGCCUGAGGCAAUGUGCUAUCUAGUCUCUCCUGAAACUGCUUUUCUGUGAGGUACUUUACUGAGAAUGAUCCAACCUCAAAUGCCACAAGAAGAGUCCCAUGGGCUGAGACCCUCUCGCCAGAUGGCCAGACCGCUGACCACUCCCAGCCCUUCGCAGAUGCAAGCCCGGAAGAAGCGCAGAGGGAUCAUAGAAAAACGGCGCCGAGACCGCAUCAACAGCAGCCUUUCCGAAUUGCGACGCUUGGUGCCCACGGCCUUUGAGAAACAGGGCUCCUCCAAGCUGGAGAAAGCCGAGGUCUUGCAGAUGACAGUGGAUCACUUGAAGAUGCUCCAUGCCUCUGGUGGCACAGGGUUCUUUGACGCCCGAGCCCUGGCUGUUGACUUCCGGAGCAUUGGCUUUCGGGAAUGCCUCACUGAGGUCAUCAGGUACUUGGGGGUCCUGGAAGGACCCAGUAGCCACGCAGACCCUGUCCGGAUUCGCCUUCUCUCCCACCUCAACAGCUAUGCAGCUGAGAUGGAGCCUUCACCCACACCGACUGGUGCCCUGGCCUUCCCUGUGUGGCCCUGGUCCUUCCUCCAUAGCUGUCCAGGGUGGCCUUCCCUGAGCAGCCAACUCGCUAUUCUGGGGAGAGUGCCUGGCCCCGUCCUCCCCAAUGUCACCUCUCCUGCUUACCCCAUCUCAGCCCUCCGAUCCACACCGAUCCACAGAGUGGCUGGUACCAUCCUGCCAUCCCGGAGGAAUUUGUUGCCCAGUCGAGGGGUACCUUCCACCCAGAGAGCCCAUCCUCCUGAGAGGCCAGCUGCCCUUCUACCCACAGCUCCUGGUAGCAGGGCUGCCAGGAGCAGCCAUGUAGUCCCCAGUCUGCCGUCUUCCUCCCCAGCGACCCCUGGAGCUGGGAAAUCCGAUGACAGUGUGUGUGGUCCCAUCUCCAGUCCAUCUCCUUUGGGGCCAACUGGGAGGCCAGCAGGAGCGGUGCUCUACCACUCCUGGGUGUCUGAAAUCACUGAAAUUGGGGCUUUCUGAGAUGACCCCCCCCUACAACCAUCCCCUAAGAGUGAGGAACGUUCUUACUUUCCCCCACGAGCUCUGAAAAUGGUGCCACCUUUUCUAGAACUGCUUCUAUAAAAAGGCAUCUCUCCUCGCCCCUCAGAGACCCACCCCCGCCUUCCACCUUCCUCAUCAGCAACCCUGCUGCCAGCCCGGCUCCCCUGUAGCCUUUUCAGAGCUCAGAGCCUCCGAGCUGUAUGGUGCCUUGUGACGGCCAGGCACUGUGGACCCAGUACCAUGGACCUUGGGUCUGGAGUUGUCGCUUUAACCUAAAGAGUCCAUGGAGGGGCAGGCUGCCCACAUGAAGAGGUGGGGCUCCCAGUCCUGAGGACUGGUGGGAUUCAGUCACCCCAGGCCAACAGGAUGGAAUGUACUGUCUGCUUCACUUCCUGGGGACAGAAAUGAAGCAGGGGCUAUUGAGAUGUCUGUGGCCUGCCCUGUAACAGUGAAGCUCAGGACAAACCUGUCCUGUCCUCCAGUCGGCUAAGGCCUGCAGCUUCCAUCGUCCCAGCUUCAGAUGCACACGUCACCAGCCACCAAGGCCUGACAAGCCAGGCCAGGAGGGUCCCCACAGGAGCAAAGCUCUGCGGCAGGGUGUCCUACCACCAGCUCUCAGAUGGGAGUCAGGGCUGAAGAGCAACGAGAGAGCCCUACUCCCCUUCUCCUGGGCACCAUCCUCCAGGACUAUGGCCCUUCCCGGGAGGUCCCCCAUGUGGACGACCUGUGGCCCUGAUGGUGGCACCCCAAGAGGCAUUCUCUUGGGAUUCAGCACCAGACGUCUGAGCUGCCUGGUUUGCAUCCGGCUUCUAGAGCCCAGACUGCUGCUACAGCCAAGGGCUGUCAGGCUAGAUAAAAAUAACUCGGAGGAGCGGGGAACAGGCAGAGGCAGCUGGGCUCUCCAAGGUCACACAGUGGGUCGAGGGCCUGAGAGCCUGCUCACCCACAUUUCACACAGCUGGCUUUGCUCAGAGGCCAGACCCGCCCCAGGCCGCUUGCCUCUCUAAUGGGAAUAAAUGGCCAGUGGAACAGCAGAGACGGAGUGACAUUUAGGGUCGUCAUAUCAGUAGGCAAAGUGUGGAAACACUUGGGUCCUCUUCGGUGGGCACCUGCUCCCACAGUGCCCCUGAGGACCACCCAACGUGCCAUCUGGGAACACCCUGGUUAAUGCCUGGCAAAACCAAGAUUGUUAUUCUCUGGUGCUGGAUCCAUGCUGAACAUGAAAUUUCCAGGUCAUCGCAGAAAGCCCCCCGUCCCCGUGCCAGCCUUUGAUGGAACCAUGGUCCCCAGAGCUAUAAUAAGGAGCCUGUGGGCACAAGAAUAGAGUUUACAAAACCGUGGGAGCAAAAGGGUCAUUUUGGAAAAGUGGGACAGAGGGCAGAGGUCACCUGUGUGACCCGGAAAGCAUAAGCGAAAAGGUCAAGAAGAGAGAAAGACUUCUUUCUCUCCUUAGUGGAAGCAAGCCCUUUCAUCUUGCUGCCAUAUUAGACCCGUCUGAAGGCAUCCCUGUGGAGUACAUCGUCAGCCCACUGGGAGAGACAUGCGGGAAGGGUAGAAGAGUCAUGGAGGCUGCCGGGAGUAGGGAGAUGUGACAGAAGUUCCUGGACAUUAGGGUCUUACUGCAGGCCUGCAGCUUGGCAGCCUCCUAACCAGAGAUCCCAUGUUCACUCAGGGCUGCGCUAUGGGAAACAUUUCCACGUUGCAGGUACCUGAACUGCAAAGCAGUCUGUUGACACCAUGGAAACACAGCAGAAACGGCUGAACCCUUUGAGCAUCCAUCCUGGGUAGUCUUGGGUUCCUUCUCCCCAGAGACUGAGCAGGCGACUCCCCCGACACACACCCUACUGAGUAUUCAUGGCUCCUGUUUCUAGUCCUUCUGGUGGCCUCCAGCAUUCUCAUCCCCCACUGCAGGGUGUUACAGACAAGCAACAAAGAUGUUUAGAUCUGGAAAGUUCCACCAUCCAACUUCCAUUUCUACUUCCUGAAUGUUUUGGAGUCUCUGAACCCAUAGUCCGGGCCUGGCAAUGUCCCCUCUCCCCUAGAUUAUUGCCACAGCUUCUUUGUGUUGCUCGGCUGUGCCAGACCGUUCUCAGCAGCCACUAGAGAGAAUGUGGCAUGUGCAGAGCACAUCGUAUCAACCCAGCCUGAGACCUAGACGCCCCCCCACCCGCACACCCUGUUAUUGUAAUGAUAAAAAUCAGAGCUCUUUUUUUAAGUCCUAACCCAAUUUAUAACUUUGUUUUUUGCUGACCCCGGACUUGCUCAGUGCUUAUGCUACCUUGACCUGUUCUCAUAGCCCCAACAUUCCCAUCUUUUUUUGCUUGUUUGUUUGUUUGGUUGGUUUUUGAGGCAGGGUUUUUCUGUGAAACAGUCUUGGCUGUCCUUGAUCUCAUGCUGUAGACCAGGUUGGCCUUGAACUCAGAGAUCACCUGCUUCUGCCUUCCAGUGCUAGGAUUAAAGGCAUAGGACACCAUGGCCCAGCUACCAGUAUUCCCAUCUUCAGAACUUCUCCCCUGAGGUUUCCAGAAUGUUCCUCCUUUCCUUUUGCAUGACCUGCUUCAGCUCCUCAGGCCUUGCCUUCCAUGCCACCUCCUCCUGGAGGCCUUUCGGGACUAAUGUGCUUGAAUAGCUCGUUCGUCUCAGAAGUCCCGAUUGUUUCCCUUCAUGGAGAGUUGACUAACGCGUACCUGCUUGUGUGUUUACUGGUUAGGUAUAUUUCCCAUUGGAAUGAAGCUCAGUGAGGCCGGGCCCAUGCCUGGCCUGUGCUCCCUGGCACUGAGCACAAUACCUGCUCAUUGUCGCUGUCCUAUGAACUUUUGCUUGAAUACCUAGAUCAAUGAGGUGAGAAGGUUUCUAGUUUUCUGUGUGGCUGGCACAGACCCCAAUGGGGGUGGAUUCCACCCUUACCCUCCUGGCUGGCUUGGAGAGGAGACAAGAGAGCCAAGGCUGAGGGACGGGGAGUUCUGGCAGAAUGGUCAGAAGUCCCUGGCCAGAGGAGAGGCCAGCGUGUUGGCCCUGGAGGGCAUGCUGACAGCUGAGCCCGCCAGCAGGUUUGUUCUUUGCUCUUGGCCCAGCUCCCCAAUGUAUCCACCCCCAACAAAUCCAACAUUCAUGCAGAUCCACCCUGUGCCAGCCGGGCCUGGCAGAGCCAAAGGUAACAAACACACGGUCGCUCAGAGGGCAGCGUUUCCUCUGCCUAGUUAAGAUGGGCAUGGAAGGGUUUCUGGAGAAGGCAGAGGGCUGCUUCUCUGGGUAGAUAGGUUGUGGGAGGGGCCCUAGAAGGAAGCCCUCCCAGAGGAGGGCCAAGGGACUCCCUCCCAGAGAUCUGGACGUUCACCCAGGAAGCUACAGGAGCAGGCACAGAGCUGAUUGCAGGCCCUCCGCCCAAGUGAAAGAUGGGCUAGCCUGAGCUCUGAGACUCAUCUUCCUUGUUAAUGGGGAGUGAUUUUCUUCAAGUUCUUUGCCUUUCUACACUUAAUGUUUUCAUCUGCAUGAUGGCCACCCACGUGCAUGCACGUGCAUAAAUUCAAAUCAAAAUUUAAUAAACUUGUUUUAAAA